GGAGUAGCGGUCGGAGAGUUCACUUUGCCUUUGUGGGAGUGUUGUACUACAUUACGCGAACCACUGAAAGACAAGUUGUAAGCAAAGUUAAGGAUUUCAAUUCGGCUGCCGUUGACAACAUUCGAGGAUAUCCGUACGGAUAUCAAACUUAUUUUUCCGCUUGGUUGCGCGGUACUUUACUUUCCUUGUAUGAAGCGACUCUAGUGUGACUCGACUGGCCCUAAAAGAAUCCAUAUCUGGUCAAAGUAUUCAACUGUCACAAAGCGGGACCCGUUCGCUAUAAAUAGCCCGGAUAAGCAGUGGAGGAGACUUCCUUUUGAAAACAUCGCUGGGCACUUAGUUGCCUUUUUCUUUACGUUAUUUGGGGAGUCGCUGUGAUUCUAUCGCGCCGCCAUGUCCACCUCCUAUAAGAAGGAAGUGGUGAACUACAGGGAUGUGGACGAGGAUGAACUACUGAAGAAACUCUCAGAGGAAGAGCUACAGAGGCUGGAGGAUGAGCUGGAGGAGUUAGAUCCUGACAAUGCUCUGUUGCCGGCCGGGAUGAGGCAGAAGGAUCAGACCAAGAAGGCGCCGACCGGAACCUUCCAGAGAGAGAACCUGGUAGCCCACCUGGAGAAGCAGGCCAAGGAACACCCUGACAAGGAGGACCUGGUUCCGUUCACUGGAGAGAAGAGAGGUAAAGUCUUUAUACCUAAGAAGGUGGUGGACCCCAUCAUGGAGAACGUAACUCUGGAGCCAGAGCUGGAGGAGGCACUGGCCAACGCCAGCGACGCUGAGAUCUGCGACAUUGCCGCCAUUUUGGGAAUGCACACUCUGAUGAGUAACCAGCAGUACUACGAGGCUUUGGCCAGCAGCAAUAUAGUCAACAAACAAGGCCUUAACAGCGUUAUCCAGUGUACUCAGUAUAAGCCUGUGCCUGAUGAGCAGCCCAACUCUACUGACGUGGAGGAGACGUUGCUGAGGAUGCAGAGGAACGACCCUGACCUGCUGGAGGUCAACCUUAACAACAUCAAGAACAUUCCAGUGAAGACGCUGAAGGCCUAUGCAGACGCCCUGACGGAGAACACUGCAGUGGAACGCUUCAGCCUUGUGGGAACCAGGAGUAAUGAUCCUGUAGCCUUUGCUCUGGCAGAGAUGCUGAAGGGGAACACCACACUGAAGAGUCUGAAUAUAGAAUCCAACUUCAUCACAGGGACGGGUAUCCUGGCUCUCAUCGCCUCACUGCAGUCCAACACAACCCUGCAGGAACUCAAGAUCGACAACCAGAGCCAGCCGCUAGGUAACAAGGUGGAGAUGGAGAUAGCCAGCAUGCUGGAGAAGAACACCACGUUGUUGAAGUUUGGCUACCACUUUACCCAGCAGGGCCCCAGGCUGAGGGGCUCCAACGCCAUGAUGAACAACAACGACCUGGCUCGGGUAAUCCGAUCCGAUCAUCACUCGGACGGUUCCUUUACUCUCACUCUGUCCGUGCCGGAACUGGAGAGGGCAUUUGGUAAAAAGUUCAAGCCGAAACUCACCAAGCCCAAGACCAAGAAAUAAGAAAGAGAAGGCUUGAAGGCGGUCCCAUCUUCCCCAAGUGUCGGACAAGCGUGUAGCGCCGUCAGGCGCUGCCCGGCCCCGCCCAGCCCCGUAUUCAGCCAGAUGCCCUCCAACAGAUAUCCCAUCAACCCCUGCUUUCCCCAACCCUAACCUCUACCCCUCCGCGAUGACCGAAAUCGUUCCAAUUCGAAUGUCAGGGCCGUUGGCAAAGCUUGUUCCUACUGUGGCAUGGAGUUGAUCUACUAUUGUACUAUUGUUUCUCUCACAGUUUUCUACUGAUAUUGGUUUAGAUAUCUUCGGUAAUUAUAUUAUCUGGUAAUUGUGACAUAGAGAAGCAGCCCACCUAUUCAGAAAGUAUUUAUUUUGUUGUUAGUUUGUUUACUGGAGAUGAACUUGUGGUGGUGGAAGAUUAAAUGGUGUUACAACCAUAAGGUAUAUUGUACCACGUGCCAUGGGCAACAGGUAGCCUAGUGGUUAAGAGCAUUGGGCCAGUAACCGAAUGGUCGCUGGUUCAAAUCCCCGAGCCGACUAGGUGGGGUAAAAUCUGCCAAUUUGCCCUUGAGCAAGGCACUUCACCCUAAUUGCUCCGGUAAGUCACUCUGGAUAAGAGUGUCUUCUAAAUGACUCAAAUGUAAAUUACUUAACUUGGUUAUGACGUUAGUACCACAUUAUGUAUUUCAGCAUUUCGCAACCACUUAACGUAAUGUUUUUCAGUGUGAGGUUCAUAUAAGAUACGUUUUUAGUCUGCAACUCACACUGUCUGUAAGCAAAGGCACAUAACAGUUACAUAGAAGCUAUGUUCAGAGGAAUUGUUGCAGAUUUAAAAACACUUUGGGGUGUAAGUUGUUUGUUUGUCCAAGUUUACCCCAUGGAGACAGCCACUACAAGCUGGUCCUAGAUCAGUUUGUCCUCUAUUGUGUAAAUUCUGUAGUAUUACUGAUCUCAAUUCAGUUUAAGUCUUCUCAGUCAAACCUUACACAGAGAGAGGUUACUACUAAGCGUUGGUUCUAGAUCAGUUUUGUGACAAAGUCGAUAUCUGCUACGAUCCUUUAUUGAUGUCACUUGUUAAAUCCACUUCAGAUCAGUGUAGAUGAAGGGGUGGAGACAGGUUAAGUAAAGAUUUUGAAGCCUUGAGACAAUUGACACGUGGAUUGUGUAUGUGUACCAUUUUCAGAGGGUGAAUGGGCAAGACAAAAGAUUUAAGUGCCUUUGAACGGGGUAUGGUAGUAGGUGCCAGGUGCACCGGUUUGAGUGUGUCAAGAACUGCAACGCUGCUGGGGUUUUCACGCUCAACAGUUUCCCUUGUGUACCACCCAAAGGACAUCAAGCCAACUUGACACAACUGUGGGAAAUAUUGGAGUCAACAUGGGCCAGCAUUCAUGUGGAACGCUUUCGACACCUUGUAGAGCCCACGCCCAGACCGAUUGAGGCUGUUCUGAGGGCCAAAGGGGGUCAAACUCAUAAGGAAGGUGUUCCUAAUAUUUUGUACACUCAGUAUAUAUUAGAAGUUUGUUCACAACUGUAUUGGUCACUGAUGGACAAACUGAUCUAGGACCAUCUCUUAGUGGCUGUCUCUAUGAGGGUGGGUUGACUGAAUCAGUACUUACACCCGACAGAUGUGAUGACUUGUCAUCAUGGCAAGUUAUGGUCGAUUAUGUUCAAUUAUUACUUGGGUUACACAGUAAAGGGAGUUGCAGCAUUCCCCCUCCCCUUUUUCCAGUUACACUGGUAGAAAUACUCUUAGUUGAAUGUGUCUGCAACCCAAAAAGUGUGCAAACUAAGAAUUCACUGUCAUCACUGUAGCCUAUCAAAGCCCAAGAAAAAGCAUGAAGACAAAAUUACUUUUCCUGCCUGUUGUAAGGUCCUAUGAGAUUAUUCCUUAAUGAACACUCCUUCGGGUAUUGUUGCAAUGUGGCCGUGUAUCAGGGGUGUCAGGGGAGCACUGAUGACUAAAUUCAAUAUCCUGUCAUUAAAUCCAUGUAAAAUAAACAAUAUAUAUUAUAUUGGAUGAAGGAUGGAUGAGGGGGAUUACGUGCCCCCUCAGAUUCAAAGAGCAUGACGCUCCUGAUUAGGUAUAUUCCUGUAUGGUCAAAAGGGACAACUAUGGUGUGUACAACAACCCAUCCCCGUAUGAACUACUGCUGAAUAUGACUGUGUUCUCCUUGCCUGGCUGUUGUUUCUUCUCUACAGUAUUUGCUUGAGUAUUGAGUAUGUUUUUGUUAGAUAGUUCACAUUAUUGUUGUUUGUUUGUUCAUGGAUAAAUCGGGUUUGAAAGUA